CAGGGGACGGGGCCGGCAGGCUGGCUAUAAGAGACGCUUGCGCUCCAGGCCGGCCACAGUUCAACCCCAAGACGAUCUUCGCUGCUUCGCCAACAUGAGCAAGGGCUGCCAGACCCAGGGACCGCUCUCCGAGCUGGAGAAGGCCAUAGAUGUCAUCAUCGAUGUCUUCCACCAGUACUCGAGACGGGAGGGGGACAAAGACACCCUGACCAGGAAGGAGCUGAAGCUCCUGAUUGAGAAGCAGCUUGCCAACUACCUGAAGAACGUGAAGAAUCAGGUCUCUAUUGACCAAAUCUUCAAGGAUCUUGACGGCAACAAGGAUGAGCAGCUGAGCUUCGGCGAGGUGAUGCUCCUGAUCAUCCGGGUGACCGUCGCCACCCACGAGCACCUCCACUUCUGUGAGGACCACCAGCACCAGCACCAACACCAGCACCAGCACCAGCACCAGCACCAGCACAACCACUGAGGGGGCCUGUGCUCAGCAGCUGAAGGCGCCCACCCAGAGCUCCCAGCUCCUGCUCCCCCCCUCCAGCGCUCUGCCCCAUCCCCCUCCCCCAGCCCUCUGCUCCUCCCUUCUGCCUCCCUCCCUUCAAGUUUGAUGGUUUUGCUGCCAAAUAAAGAUUCGCCCUGAGGCUGCCAAAGCU